AGAAGAGUUGUGUUCCUAAUAAUGUCCCAAUGAGAAUGGGGAUUGCUGGGGACCGCAGGGACCAGGUUCUCAUUCCCCAAAGCUCUCCUUCAUCAUCCAAGAAGGCACUCAGGUCUGUGCAAGGCCUCAGGUACAGUGCUGGACUACCUAGUAAAGGUUCAGUAGCAGGACGGCCUCAGAUUGAGGUCCCAGGGCCAAAGGAACGCCCCUCUCCCCAGCGCGGGUCAGGGGAAGGCAGGCUCCGGGAGGGAGCGCACGCCGCGCCCCCGGAGCCUUGUUCCCUCGCCACGCCCACUUCCUGCCCCAUCCCGCGCCUUUCCAGGUCCUCUCCCGGUGAACCGGAUGCUCUGUCAGUCUCCUCCUCAGCGUCCUCGGCCGCGGCCCGGGUCCCUCUCAAAGCCACUGCCACCCCGGAGAGCCCAGCCAGGGGGCUCCCGGAGGCUGGCGGGGCGGGCGUAGUGCGCUGUAGGAGCUGGGCGCGCACGGCUACCGCGCGUGGAGGAGACACUGCCCUGCCACUAUGGGGGCCCGGGGCGCUCCUUCACGCCGCAGGCAAGCGGGGCGGCGGCUGCGGUAUCUGCCCACCGGGAGCUUUCCCUUCCUUCUCCUGCUGCUGCUCCUCUGCAUCCAGCUUGGGGGAGGACAGAAGAAAAAGGAGAAUCUUCUAGCUGAAAAAGUAGAGCAGCUGAUGGAAUGGAGUUCCAGACGCUCAAUCUUCCGAAUGAAUGGUGAUAAAUUCCGAAAAUUUAUAAAGGCCCCACCUCGGAACUAUUCCAUGAUUGUUAUGUUCACUGCUCUUCAGCCUCAGCGGCAGUGUUCUGUGUGCAGGCAAGCUAAUGAAGAAUAUCAAAUACUGGCAAACUCCUGGCGCUACUCAUCUGCUUUCUGUAACAAGCUCUUCUUCAGUAUGGUGGACUAUGAUGAGGGGACGGAUGUUUUUCAACAGCUAAACAUGAACUCUGCUCCUACAUUCAUGCAUUUUCCUCCAAAAGGCAGACCUAAGAGAGCUGAUACUUUUGACCUCCAAAGAAUUGGAUUUGCAGCUGAACAACUAGCAAAGUGGAUUGCUGACAGAACAGAUGUUCAUAUUCGGGUUUUCAGACCACCAAACUACUCUGGUACCAUUGCUUUGGCCCUGUUAGUGUCGCUUGUUGGAGGUUUGCUUUAUUUGAGAAGGAACAACUUGGAGUUCAUCUAUAACAAGACUGGUUGGGCCAUGGUGUCUCUGUGUAUAGUCUUUGCUAUGACUUCUGGCCAGAUGUGGAACCAUAUCCGUGGACCUCCAUAUGCUCAUAAGAACCCACACAAUGGACAAGUGAGCUACAUUCAUGGGAGCAGCCAGGCUCAGUUUGUGGCAGAGUCACACAUUAUUCUGGUACUGAAUGCUGCUAUCACCAUGGGGAUGGUUCUUCUAAAUGAAGCAGCAACUUCCAAAGGAGAUGUUGGAAAAAGACGGAUAAUUUGCCUAGUGGGAUUGGGCCUGGUGGUCUUCUUCUUCAGUUUUCUACUUUCAAUAUUUCGUUCCAAGUACCAUGGCUAUCCUUAUAGAAAUAUGGUGAAGACGACUGGCUUGCCACAGCUCCAGAAGAUGCAAUUCAUAGCAAAUGACACCCCUGGAGUUGUCAGAUUGUUCUUCACAACUGAAGAUGUGUGGAAAAAGUUAUUUUUCAAACUUGAGCUCUAAAGAAAUAACUAUUGUGGCUGGGCAUGGUACCUCAGGCCUCAUGCCUAGCAUUUUGGGAGGCUGAGGCAGGAGGAUUGCUAGUGGCCAAUAAUUUGAGACCAGUCUGAAUAACAUAGCAAGAUGAUGUUUCUACAAGUAAUUUAAAAAUGUAGCCUGUCAUGGUGGCACACACCUGUAGUUCCAGCUACUAGGGAAGCUGUGGCAGAAAGAUCACUUGAGCCCAGGAGUUCAAGGCUGCAAGUGAGCUAUGAUUGUGCCACUGCACUCCAGCCUGUGCAGCAGAGUGAGACCCUGUCUCUAAAAAAAUUGUUUUUAGAAAAGAGGUAUUGCAGUUCUGAGCUGGAUGAUAUCAAGUGAAAAACAGAAUACAUAAAUUAGGCUUAUAGUGGACAGAAAGUAUCUUCCAUUACCUUAAAAAGAAACUGAUACUUCCUACUGUCCUUGGUUAUCUUGAGACGAACAACAAAAAUGGAAGGAUAUUCAAUAAGGAAACAUACAGAAUAACAGCUAAAAAUGAAAGGCAUUCAUAUCAAUUUGGAGGUAAGUAUGAUGGUGAACAAGCACAGCAAAGGCAAAAAUUCCAGCAUAUAGAAUGUAUAGCAAUAUUGCAUUCAUUUGUACAUCUUAACCUUAAGCUGUACAAAUAUAGUAUCUAAAUGGUGUGAUGAUCAGCCCAUAGUACAUAUCGUUGAUGAGAAUUUCACUGGUAUUAACCUUUCUCAUGCUGAGUACUAGCUUUGUAGAAUGACUUACAAAAGGUCAAAGGAUUUAGAGAUGAUUCAGAGAAAAGCUGGCUUUCGGUAAAGGCACCAUUGUCUAUCCCCUAUCUAAUCUAGAUAAAGAAUGUAGUGCUAAAUCUUGUAAUAAUAUUGUACAAAUGGAAAUUCAAUCUUAAGGAUUA